AUGAAAGAUAAUAAAGAUUUAGAUGAUGAAUACAGCAUCUUAAACAUUCAUAAAACUUAUGAAGAUGCAGAAUUGAAUUGGAAAACAUUUAACAAUAAAACUAAUACGACUUCAGAUGAGGCUAAAAAAGAAACACAAAGCAAAUUAAAAGAUGUUACUUUUUUAUCAGGUAACAAGUCACUUUCAAAGCUAAAAGAGAAGGUAAAAAGUAUACAAAAUAAAAAGAAAAUUUUAGAUACAGAAAAUAUUUCGUGCAAAAGAUAUAAGGAAUGUUUAGCAAAAGAAGAAGACAAAGAAGUUAAGCUUGAUAACUAUAUGAAUACUAAGUCAGAAAUAGACACGAAUCUACAUGAAAAUAUAUUUCAAAAGGCAAAACAAGACACAUUUGUGAUAGAAGAAGUAGAACUAAGUGACUUUAAAGAUAAUGACCAAAGUUUUGAGGUAGAAAAUAAAACAGCAAAUAAUAAUUCAUCUAACUACAAAAAAGAUAUCAAGAAAGGAAAAUUUUUAGAAGACAACAACAUUCUUAAAGAUCGUCUUAGUAGAGUAGUCACACCAAGGGCGAACGUUAAGUUUAAAGAUGUUAUUUUACCGUUAGGUGUUGAUGUAGAUAAAAAAACACAAGAGAAAAUUAUAAAAAAUUCUGUUGAAAUAGAAAAAAAUCCAAAAUCUGAUUUAGCUAAUAAUACAAAUGAUAUACAAAAUACUUAUUCUAAUAUUACAAAUACAUUAUCUACCAAGCAGGUGUCUAUAAAUAAAAUAAAAAAAAGAUUGAAUAAAGAAAUUAAUAAGACAAAAGUACAAAAUUCAGAUAAAAAUAACUCGGAAGAAAAUGCCCAAGACAGUAAUUUAAUUUCUGAAUUAAAAUCUAAGAUUGAUAGUAUACAAAAACUUAGGAAAAAUGUAAUCAAUUUAGAAAAUUUUAUUGGGCUACAAAAAGUCGAAAUUGAAAUGAUUAAAUCUCAAAAAUUGCCUGCGAAUAAUUCUGCACAUUUAAUUCAAAAUUGUAAAAAAGCAUUAUCCUCGAUGAUUAACGAUAUAAAAAUGCGAGAAACAGAAUUAAAAAAUGAAAUAGUUAUUGAAAAGCAUAAAAAUGCAGCUUUAACAAAAGAAGUUGACAAUUUGAAGAAAAUAAUUGAUAAUUUAGUAAAAAAGCGACAAAUUGAUAAUUAA